UCGUCCUCUCCCAUCUCCUCCUUCCCCUCCCCCUCUCUUUCCCACCUCUCCAACCAAACCCUCGUCCUCUCCAUGCUCCGCCACUCCAUCACCUUCCUCCCCCUCAAAGACAUCCGCCUCUCCCACAACCCCAGGGCUGGCAACACCUGGUUCAUCAGCUCCCUUCCCGACUCACCCGACUCUCCUGGCGAGCCUUCCUACCUCCUCUUCCCCUCCACCUCCACCAACAACCGCCUCCUCUGCCUCUCCGCCUACGAUCCCCACGACGGCUCCCGCAACUCCUACUCCCUCGCAUUCCCCGAAGCCCUCCCUUACAACUCCACCUUCCUCCCCGGCCUCACCUUCGUCUCCGACACCUUCUACGACUACACCAACCUCUGGCACGGCCUCGCGGCCAUCCUCCCCUUUGCGCGGUGGCACGAAGCGAACGGAUGCGCGAAGCCAGAAAGAUGGCUUCUUUUUCACUGGGGAGAGGUGAGGAAGGAGAUGGGAAUGUGGGUGAGGAGUUUGGCGGAAGUUUCGACGGGGGGGAAGGUUAGGAUGGUGGGAGGAGAGGAGGCGGGGAGGGUGGUUUGUUUGGAGGAAGCGGUGGUGGCGAGGCGGAACGAUGUGGGGAUGAGUGAGGAAAGGAAGGAGAAGGUGUAUGACAUGAUGAGGUGCAGGGCGAGGGAUCAUUGUGGUUUGGAGGGGAAGGAUGGAGGAGCUUUGGGUGGGAUUAAGAUGACUUUGUUGUUUCGGGUGAGGAGCAGGUCGUUCAAGAAUGAGACGGCGGUGGCCGGAGUUUUUCAGAGGGAGUGCGGGAGGGUGGAAGGGUGCAGCGUUAGGCUGGUUCGGCUCAGGAAUUUGACUUUUUGUGAUCAGGUGAAACUGAUGGCCGAAACAGACAUCCUCGUCUCCCCUCACGGGGCGCAGAUGACCAACAUGAUCUUCAUGGACAGGAACAGCAGCGUGAUGGAGUUCUUCCCCAAGGGGUGGCUGGAGUUAGCCGGCAGCGGCCAAUAUGUUUUCCGUUGGCUUGCCGACUGGGCCGGCAUGAGGCAUGAGGGCCAGUGGAGAGAUCCCAACGGAGAAACCUGUCCCUUCGAUGACAAAGACCGUUGCUUCACCUUCUACAAAGACGGAUCUAUUGGACAUGACGAGGUCUUCUUCUCCCAGUGGGCCGCUCGGGUUCUACGAGAAGCUAAGAUGCGAAAACUGAACGCAGCGUCGGAGAGGAACAAUGGGCACAAAGGGGAUGCAGGCAUUAAGGCAUGUUCCUCGUGUGGUUAGCACAAAUAUUGCUAUGUAUUUACAUGUCUAGCACCGGAAGAGUCAUAUUUACAUGGAUACCACUCAAAUCCUUACAUCACAUAAACAUUGUCACUAUCAUGUUCUUUUUAAAAGUGAAAU